AUGGUGGGUACCGCGCAGCUGCUGCUGCCACCUCUGGACCAGCGACAACCACUGCUGGCCUCCAUCUUCUGCUGCUUCUUCUUCUUUUUCUUCUUCUUUUUGUCGUCUUCUUCUUCUUCAUCCUUUUCCUCUGCGGCCGAACCCUUCCAUGUGCCGUGGAACGCCUUCGUCUCGACACCCUCGGGCCGCGCCCAGGUCAUCGCCGUGAGCCAGGACCACCGCACCUGGCCCAACGUGUCGGCCCUGCCCGCCCCCCUCCGCCCCCGUACCUUCCACAACCUCACCCGACGGCACAACCCGAGCCUUCGCAUCUUUCAGCUCCACCUCGCCCUCACCAUCCACGCCUUCAACUACGUGCGCACCCAAGUGCCCGUCGAGCGCACCUUCCAGGCCAUCGAGCUCUGGUGGACCGACUACAACCCCCGCACCCGAGAGCGCGUCGAGGUCAAGCUGCCGGCCCACGACUACGUCAUCGACAUGCCGCUGGGCGCCUACUACCGCUACGGCUUCCGGCCGGAGCACCUGGAGCUCAUCGUGCGCUGCGCGUUCUUCGUGCCCGACGGCGCCUGGCUGACGCGGCCCGACAUGCGCUUCGCCGUGUUCGCCGCCGAGGAGGUGGCCUUCUUCCCGCUCGACCAGGUGCUCCACUUCCCCAAGCUGGCCCCGCUGCUGUCCAUCACCACCACCGCCACGGCCAUCGCCAAACGAAAGCCGUUACCGUCGGCGCCGUGGGCCGGCAGAAGCCGCCGCGGGCUGGGGCCGAUCGUGCGGGCCACGGGCGACGACGCGACGGUGCGGGUGGGCGCGUGGAUCACCAAAAAGUUCACGUGGACGGCCGACGACGAUCUCUGGCUGCUGUGGACGCUCGACGUCGUGGGCGUGGACCACGUGGUGCUCGAGCUGGCCUCGGUCGAUCUGGACAUCAAGGCCGUCGAGCGGCGCCUGGCGGGCCACCCGGGCGUGCUGGAGCGGGUCACCAUCGUCGCCGUCGACGCGCCGGGCCGCGACGACAAGGUCACCUACUGCUACCUGCAGGAGCUGCUCGUGUGGGACGGCUUCGUGCGGUUUCAGGCCGACUUCGACUUUGUGUUCCUGGUCGACACCGACGAGUUCGUGCAGCUGUUCAGCGCCGAGCCGCCCUACGAGCGGGUCGAUGUCAAGACCUUCAUCGCGCGCAACCGCGAGCUGCUGGAGACCGGCGGCCACGCCUACCUGCAUCGGCUGCGCGUCGGGCGCACCCAGGCCAACGGCCUAGUCGAGCCCGGGCUGCCCGCAUUCCUGCGCGGCGUGCUGAGCCGCGACGGCGCCCAGUUUCAGGCCAUGGCCGAGGCCGGCGGCGGCGGCUGGGACUGGCAGGGCAAGAGCCUGUUCAACGUCAACGGCGCCGUGCAGCCCUACCUGCACUUCAGCGUGGGCUACUCGACGGACAUGUGGCCCGCGCGGGAGGCCCACGUGCUGCACAUUCGGCAGAGCGGCGGCAAGGAGUGGGCCAACGGCACGCUGGCCUGGUGGCUGACCCAACUGGUCCACCCAGCUCAGCCUUCUCGAAGCUGA